AUGUACGGAACGUCCACUGGCCCCCAGACGGGCAUUAAUACCCCUCGCUCGUCACAAUCGUUGAGGCCCCUUAUUCUCACACAUGGGUCACUCGAAUUUUCCUUCCUUGUGCCGACCUCCCUUCAUUUCCAUGCGUCGCAAUUGAAGGAUACCUUUACAGCUUCUUUACCACAGCCGACGGACGAGCUUGCUCAGGAUGAUGAGCCUUCCUCAGUUCCGGAACUGGUGGCUAGAUACAUCGGACAUGUUGCACAUGAAGUUGAAGAAGGCGAGGAUGAUGCGAGUGGAACUUAUGUGGAGGUUCUGAAGCUGGCUCUGAACGAGUUUGAACGCGCCUUUAUGAGGGGCAAUGACGUCCAUGCUGUUGCUGCCAGCCUACCCGGCAUUACCUCCAAGAAGGUUACCGUCGUUCAGGCUUACUAUGCUGGGAGAACAGCAGUUGGUCGCCCUCUUAAGCCCUACGACUCCGCAUUGUUCCGAGCUGCCUCGGACGAGAAGGCGAGCAUCUACUCGGUUUUCGGAGGACAAGGGAAUAUCGAAGAGUACUUUGAUGAGCUGAGAGAAAUCUACACCACUUACCCUUCCUUCGUCGACGAUCUUAUCACUUCGUCCGCGGAAUUGCUGCAGAGUCUCUCUCAUGAGCCCGAAGCCAGCAAGCUCUAUUCCAAGGGAUUGGAUAUCAUGCAAUGGCUUCAGGAUCGUGACUCCCAGCCCGACACCGACUACCUUGUGUCGGCCCCGGUGAGCUUGCCGUUGAUCGGAUUGGUUCAGCUGGCGCACUUUGUUGUGACCUGCAAGGUCUUGGGCAAAACGCCCGGUGAGCUUCUGGAAAGGUUCAGUGGAACCACUGGCCAUUCCCAGGGCGUCGUAACAGCUGCUGCAAUUGCCUCUGCCUCUACUUGGGAGAGUUUCGACAAGGCCGCCAAGAAUGCCUUGACGAUGCUUUUCUGGAUUGGUCUCCGUAGUCAACAGGCCUACCCCCGCACUUCCAUUGCCCCGUCUGUCCUCCAGGAUUCGAUCGAAAACGGAGAAGGCACGCCUACGCCUAUGUUGUCUAUCCGAGACCUCCCAAGAUCUGCCGUUCAGGAACAUAUUGACACUACGAACCAGCAUCUUCCCGAGGAUCGCCAUAUCUCCAUUUCGCUUGUCAACAGUGCUCGGAAUUUCGUUGUCACUGGACCGCCCCUCUCUCUUUACGGUCUCAACUUGCGCCUGCGCAAGGUCAAGGCUCCGACAGGUUUGGACCAAAACCGGGUGCCCUACACACAACGUAAAGUUCGCUUCGUUAACCGCUUCCUUCCUAUCACCGCUCCGUUCCACAGCCAGUACUUGUACCCGGCAUAUGACCGGAUUCUGGAAGAUCUUGAAGACAUCGAGAUCCCUGCCGGGUCCCUCGCAAUCCCGGUUUUCGAUACGAAGUCUGGCAGUGAUCUGAGCAAGUCCGGUGAAGCUAAUGUUGUUCCCGCCCUGGUUCGAAUGAUCACUCACGAUGCCGUUAAUUGGGAGCAGGCAACUGUCUUCUCAGGGGCCACACAUAUCGUUGACUUUGGACCUGGUGGCAUCUCCGGUCUUGGAGUUCUUACAAACCGCAACAAGGAUGGUACCGGUGUCCGCGUGGUUCUUGCUGGGGCUAUGGAUGGCACCAACGCCGAAGUUGGCUACAAGCCUGAGCUCUUCGAUCGCGAUGAACACUCCGUCCAGUAUGCCAUUGACUGGGUUAAGGAAUAUGGACCGCGUCUCGUGAAGAACGCAGUGGGGCAAACCUUCGUUGAUACCAAGAUGAGUCGACUGCUAGGCAUCCCUCCCAUCAUGGUUGCUGGAAUGACGCCAACCACUGUUCCAUGGGAUUUUGUUGCCGCGACCAUGAACGCUGGCUAUCACAUUGAACUUGCUGGUGGUGGUUAUUACAAUUCCAAAUCAAUGACCGAGGCCGUCAACAAGAUUGAAAAGGCGAUCCCCCCUGGUCGUGGUAUAACAAUCAACCUGAUCUAUGUUAACCCCCGGGCUAUGGCUUGGCAGAUUCCCCUGAUUGGCAGGCUGAGGGCUGAGGGUGUGCCAAUUGAAGGUUUGACCAUCGGUGCCGGUGUGCCGUCUAUCGAGGUGGCCAACGAAUACAUUGAAACGCUGGGUAUCAAGCACAUCGCCUUCAAGCCGGGCUCUGUCGAUGCGAUUCAGCAAGUCAUCAAUAUCGCAAAGGCUAAUCCGAAGUUCCCUAUCAUCCUGCAAUGGACUGGUGGACGUGGUGGUGGACAUCACUCCUUCGAAGAUUUCCACCAGCCAAUUUUGCAGAUGUAUAGCCGCAUUAGGCGCUGCGAGAAUAUCGUUCUGGUUGCCGGCAGUGGUUUCGGCGGCUCGGAAGAUACCUAUCCCUACCUGUCUGGUACCUGGUCUUCUGGCUUCGGUUACCCGCCUAUGCCUUUCGAUGGAUGCCUGUUCGGCAGUCGCAUGAUGAUCUCCAAAGAAGCGCAUACAUCCAAGAACGCCAAGAAGGCCAUCGCCGAGGCUCCGGGUCUCGACGACAAGGACUGGGAGAAGACUUACAAGGGCUCGGCAGGUGGUGUCGUCACCGUACUUUCGGAGAUGGGUGAGCCUAUUCACAAGUUGGCCACUCGAGGUGUUCUCUUCUGGCACGAAAUGGACCAGAAGAUCUUCAAGCUUGACAAGGCAAAGCGUGUCCCCGAGCUCAAGAAGCUUCGGAACUACAUCAUCCAAAAGCUCAACGACGACUUCCAGAAGGUUUGGUUCGGUCGCAACGCUGCCGGAGAGACAGUCGACUUGGAAGACAUGACUUACACCGAAGUGGUUCACCGCAUGGUGGACCUCAUGUAUGUCAAGCAUGAGAGUAGAUGGAUUGAUGAAUCGUUGAAGAAGCUGACCGGCGAUUUUAUCCGUCGAGUUGAAGAACGAUUCACCACUACUGAGGGUCAACCGUCUCUGCUUCAAAACUACUCGGAGCUCAACACACCGUACCCGGCCAUUGACAACAUCCUGGCUUCCUAUCCGGAAGCGGCAACUCAGUUGAUCAACGCCCAAGAUGUCCAGCACUUCCUAUUGCUCUGCCAGCGGCGCGGUCAAAAGCCAGUGCCGUUCGUCCCCUCUCUGGACGAGAACUUCGAGUACUGGUUCAAGAAGGACUCCCUGUGGCAAAGCGAAGACCUUGAGGCGGUUGUUGGUCAGGACGUUGGUAGAACAUGUAUCCUGCAGGGUCCGAUGGCUGCCAAGUUCUCGAACAUUAUUGACGAGCCAGUUGCGGACAUCCUGAAUGGUAUUCAUCAGGGUCAUAUUGAAAGCUUGACCAAGGAUGUCUACGGCGGCGAUAACAGCGGAGUGCCUGUUAUUGAAUACUUCGGAGGUCGUUUCCAGCAGGAUGUUGAUGAUUCGGACAUCGACGGCCUCACCAUCUCGGAAGACGCUAACAAGGUCGCCUACCGCUUGUCGUCCUCCCCUACCGCUGACCUGCCGGAUCUGGACCGUUGGUUGCGUCUCCUUGCUGGACCGUCAUAUUCCUGGCGGCAUGCCAUGUUCCUGGCCGAUGUAUUUGUCCAAGGCCAUCGUUUCCAGACUAACCCGAUGAAACGGAUUGUUGCGCCCGUUCCGGGUAUGUAUGUUGAAGUUUCUUUCCCGGAUGAUCCUUCGAAGACGACUAUCAUUGUGAGAGAACCUUAUCAGUCUGGCAAGCUUGUCAAGACAGUCGAGGUGAAGAUGAACGAACAGAGUCAAAUUAGCUUUACUAUGUAUGAAGGACGAACGGCCGAGGCCGGCGUUGUGCCUUUAACUUUCUUGUUCACAUAUCAUCCUGAGGCAGGCUACGCUCCCAUCCGUGAGGUCAUGGACGGCCGCAAUGACCGCAUCAAGGAGUUCUACUACCGUGUGUGGUUUGGCAACAAGGAUGUUCCGUUUGAUACGCCCACCACUGCCACUUUCAGCGGCGGGCGUACCACUAUCACGUCCCAAGCCGUUGCUGAUUUCGUUCAUGCAGUCGGUAACACUGGCGAAGCCUUUGUCGACCGUCCCGGUAAAGAGGUCUAUGCUCCCAUGGACUUUGCCAUUGUUGCUGGUUGGCAGGCAAUCACUAAGCCUAUUUUCCCACGCACCAUCGAUGGUGAUCUCUUAAAGCUGGUUCACCUUUCCAAUGGGUUCAAGAUGGUCCCUGGAGCUCAGCCUCUCAAGGUCGGAGAUGUUCUGGACACUACUGCUCAGAUCAACGCUGUCAUUAACCAGGAAUCUGGUAAGAUGGUUGAAGUCUGCGGUACAAUUGAAAGAGAUGGUCAGCCUAUCAUGCACGUCACCAGUCAAUUCUUGUACCGUGGAGCCUAUCUGGACUACGAAAACACCUUCCAGCGCAAGGACGAAGUGCCUAUGCAGGUUCAUCUCGCUUCCAGUCGGGAUGUUGCGAUCCUUCGCUCGAAGGAAUGGUUCCGUAUGGACGGCCCUGAUGUUGAGCUGUUGGGUCAGACCUUGACUUUCCGUCUUCAAAGUCUGAUCCGUUUCAAGAACAAGUCUGUAUUCAGCCACGUCCAGACAAUUGGUCAAGUACUCCUCGAGCUCCCCACUAAGGAGAUUAUCCAAGUGGCGUCUGUGGACUAUGAAGCCGGUACUUCUCACGGAAACCCCGUGAUCGACUACCUUCAGCGCAACGGAACGUCUAUUGAACAACCGGUCUACUUUGAGAACCCCAUCCCUCUCAGCGGCAAGACUGCCUUGGAAUUGCGCGCUCCUGCGUCCAACGAAACAUACGCUCGUGUCUCUGGCGACUACAACCCCAUCCAUGUAUCUCGAGUCUUCUCCAGCUACGCCAACUUGCCCGGUACUAUCACUCACGGGAUGUACUCGAGUGCUGCCGUCCGCAGCUAUGUUGAGACGUGGGCGGCCGAAAACAACAUUGGCCGCGUUCGAGGCUUCCAUGUGUCCCUGGUUGGCAUGGUCUUGCCCAAUGAUGUCAUCGCCGUUAAGUUACAGCAUGUUGGUAUGAUCGCUGGUCGUAAGAUCAUCAAGGUCGAGGUCAUCAACAAAGACACUGAAGAUAAGGUUCUCCUUGGUGAGGCUGAAGUAGAGCAACCUGUCACGUCGUACGUCUUCACCGGCCAGGGAUCCCAGGAGCAGGGAAUGGGUAUGGAAUUGUACGCCAACAGCCCAGUUGCCAAAGAGGUUUGGGAUCGUGCAGACCGCCAUUUCAUAGAGAACUACGGUCUCUCAAUCAUCGACAUUGUGAAGAACAACCCCAAGGAGCUGACUGUCUACUUUGGUGGUCCUCGUGGUAAAGCUAUUCGGCAGAAUUACAUGUCGAUGACCUUUGAAACCGUCAACGCAGAUGGAUCCAUCAAGUCUGAGAAGAUCUUCAAGGAGAUCGAUGAGGAUACCGCGUCUUACACUUACCGUUCACCCUCUGGCCUGCUUUCCGCAACUCAGUUCACUCAGCCGGCUCUGACUUUGAUGGAGAAGGCAAGUUUCGAGGACAUGCGUUCCAAGGGUCUCGUUCAAAGAGAUAGCAGCUUUGCAGGUCACUCGCUGGGUGAGUAUUCGGCUCUCGCCGCACUUGCCGAUGUCAUGCCCAUUGAAAGCUUGGUCUCUGUUGUUUUCUAUCGUGGCUUGACGAUGCAGGUUGCUGUUGAGCGAGACGAGCAAGGUCGCUCUAACUACUCUAUGUGUGCUGUCAACCCGAGCCGAAUCUCCAAGACGUUCAACGAACAAGCCUUGCAAUAUGUGGUGGAGAACAUCUCUGAGGAGACUGGCUGGCUCCUGGAGAUUGUCAACUACAAUGUCGCCAACAUGCAAUAUGUUGCUGCCGGUGAUCUUCGGGCACUCGACUGUCUCACGAACCUGCUCAACUAUCUCAAGGCUCAGAACAUUGACAUCCCUGCACUUAUGCAGAGCAUGUCUUUGGACGACGUCAAGGCGCACCUUGUCAAUAUUAUCCAAGAGUGUGUCAAGCAGACAGAGUCGAAGCCUAAGCCUAUUGCUCUCGAGCGCGGCUUCGCCACCAUUCCUCUCCGAGGCAUUGAUGUGCCCUUCCACAGCACCUUCCUUCGCUCUGGUGUCAAGCCCUUCCGCUCUUUCUUGCUCAAGAAGAUCAACAAGACUACUAUUGACCCAAGUAAACUGAUCGGCAAAUAUAUCCCGAACGUCACAGCAAGACCGUUCGAGAUCACCAAGGAGUACUUCGAGGAUGUUUACAGACUCACCAACUCUCCAAGAAUCGCGCAUAUCCUAGCCAACUGGGAGAAAUAUGAGGAUGGUGAACGCAACACUGGAGUGGCUGAUGCCUAG